AUGACUGUUAAAACAGCUGUCGUAUGUCCGAUAAUUGAUGUCAUCAAUGAUAAUGAUUUUGCUUAUUUAACUGGUAGUGAUAUGACUUGGGGUGGAUUUAAUUGGAGAUUAAAUUUUCGUUGGUAUCCAGUACCACAACGAGAAGAAAUUCGUCGAAAUAAUGAUCAUUCUUUACCAUUAUUAUCUCCAACAAUGGCUGGUGGUUUAUUUACAAUAAAUCGUGCAUAUUUUUAUGAAAUUGGUGCUUAUGAUCCAGGUAUGGAAGUAUGGGGUGGUGAAAAUUUAGAAAUGUCAUUUCGUGUUUGGCAAUGUGGUGGAAAAGUUCUUAUUCAUCCAUGUAGUCAUGUUGGUCAUGUAUUUCGUAAACAAACUCCAUAUACAUUUCCUGGCGGUACUGGUAAUGUUAUUUAUCAUAAUAAUAAGCGUCUUGUUGAAGUAUGGCUUGAUAAAUAUAAAGAUCUUGUUUAUGCAGUUAUGCCUGAAUUAAAACGUGUAGAUGCUGGUGAUGUAUCAGAACGUCUUGCACUUCGUGAACGUCUUAAAUGUAAAGAUUUUCAAUGGUAUUUACAAAAUAUAUAUCCUGAAAGUUCAAUGCCUGUUGAUUUUUAUCAUGUUGGAGUAUUAAGAAAUGAAGUAUAUGAUUGUGCUGAUUCAUUUGGAUUCACUAAUGAUAACGCAGAUAAUCACGAUGCAGGCAUUUUACCUUGUCACAAUCAAGGCGCAAAUCAGGUGUGUAUAUUAAUCUUUGUUUUUUUUAUCUUAUUUCAGAUACGUACUGAGUCAAUGUCUUGCUUAACUUUUCAUCAUAUCUACGGUAGUCAAGGGGCGAAUCGUACGACUACAUUAAAUAUACAAAAAUGUAUUAAUCGAACGCGUUCGCCCACGGCUGCCGUUUAUCAGAUUUUGGUUUAUUCCAAAAAAGGUGAACUUCGUUUUGAUGAUGUUUGUAUGGAAUCUAAUGCGAAUAAUGUUGUUAAAUUACAAAAAUGUUCACAAGGAAAUCAAAAACAAAUAUGGAAUUAUAAUAAUGAAACAAAACAUAUGGAACAUGUUACAUCUAGACAAUGUCUGUCUACUGAUAAAACAAAAGGUUCAGGUCAUUUAAUUCUUGUUCCUUGUGAACAAGACAAUAAUGCAAGUCAACGAUGGUAUUUGGAACAAUCAUUGUUAACAUAG